AUGGAGAAGGAGAAGACGAAGCCUCCCGCCACCGCCGUGCUGAGGCCCCCGCUGGCCCGGAGCUCGUGGCUGGUGCGGGCGACGGCACUGGUCCUCGGCCUCUUUUGCCUGGCCGGCCUCUACCGUAACCACCACCGCGACCGGUCGAUAUGCUCAAAGUCGCCCUACGGCCAGUUCCCCCGCGCCGGCGACCCCUUUCGCUUCCUGCCGUGCACCAACGCGACGCUGCCGCCGGCGCUCGAGGAUGCGGAUCCACACCGGAGCUGGGCCCGUUUGUUUGACCCGGACCCGAAGCACUGGAGCUGGGGCAACGCCACCGCCCCCGACGACGCCGACCUCGAAGGGCGACGGCGUCAUCAUCACCGUCAUGGCCAUGACGACCAAUAUGCCGGACGCGCCAUCUACCUCUGCGGUUACCUCGACGUGCCCCUCGACUACACCAACCAGUCAGACACUCGCAUCGUGCGCCUGGCCGUGACCAAGCUGCAAGUCUCGGGACUCGCCCGGAAACGCCCCGGCCGAGACAAGCAAGCCGGACACAAGAGCGAGCGCACCAUUGUCAUCAACCCCGGCGGCCCCGGCGGCAGCGGCACAGCCAUGGCGUGGCGAUCGGCCGAGAUGGUGACGCGGCGUCUGAGCGGCGGGCGGUACGACGUGCUGGGCUGGGACCCGCGCGGCGUCAACGCGUCGCUGCCGGCGCUGGCCUGCUUCCCGCACGACGUGGACCGCGACCACUGGGCCCUCAAGGCCAACGAGUACCGCCAAGUGUCGCCGUCGCCGCGCGCGCAGCUUGAGUUUGCCGACGCCAUGAGCGAGGCCAUCUUUGGCGCCUGCUACCGUCUGCACGGCGACUUGGCCCGCUUCGUGUCGACGGCCUUUGUCGCACGCGACCUCGAGCGCAUCCGGCUGGCGCUCGGCGAGGAGGUUCUGACGGGCUAUCUUGUUAGCUAUGGCACCGGCAUUGGCCAAACUUUUGCAAACAUGUUUCCCGGCAGCGUGGGCCGCUUGAUCCUCGACGGCACCGAGUAUGUGCGCGAUCAUCGCCUAUUGGGGGGCUUUGGCUGGACCGCCCUCGACAACGUCACCAAUGCCUGGCACGACGGGUUUCUUGGCGAAUGUGUCGAUGCGGGACCCGAACACUGCGCGCUCGCCAAGCCCGUCAAGGUGCCCGGGAGCAGCGCCGUUGGAGCCGGAGCCGGAGCCGGCCCAGAGCCCCACUCCAACGUCACCGUCGCCGAGCUGGAGCUGCGUAUGCACACGCUGCUCUCGUCGCUCAUCGAGCGCCCCGUGCCCGGAUACACCAAGGCAACGGGCCCGUCCCUCGUCACCUACUCGGCGCUGGUGCAGGCCAUCUACGGGGCGCUGUACAACGCGCGCAGCUGGCCGGCGCUGGCGCGGAUGCUGCUCGAGCUCGAGGCCGGCAACUCGACGCUGGCGGCCGAGAUGCUGGAGCGCUCGGCGUGGGGCUACGACCCGACGCUGCCGGCCCCGCCCAAGAGCCGCCCGAGCUCCGACGAGCUGGGCACGCUCGUCAUCUGUGCCGACUCGUAUGACGCGCCCGAGCCGCCCGAGGGCAUCCGCUGGUGGGACGCCCUGUGGCUCAACAUGACGCAGCAAUCGUGGAUCGCAGGCAAUUCGCGCUUCGCAUUUGUCUUUCCCUGCCGCCACUUUGUCGACUACUGGCCCCAUCCGGCCGAGGUGUUCCGCGGCGACCUGAACCACACGCUGCGCAACCCUGUGCUUCUCAUCGCCGAGACGUACGACCCUGCCACGCCGCUCCGCAACGGCCGCCGCCUCCUUGCCGAAAUGGGCCACGCCAACGCCCGUCUCAUCGCCCACCACGGCUACGGCCACUCGUCGCGCGACACCUCGCGCUGCACCGACGCCAUCGCUCGUGCCUGGAUCCUCGACGGCGUCCUGCCCGACGCCCUCGAGACGGCCUGCUUUGCCGACGAGAAGCCUUACCGCUACCUAGAUGACGGCAAGAAGAAGACGGCUGCCGCCUCCGACGACCGCCGAGACCCCGUCUUGAGGCUCUGGGACGACCAUCUCGCCGACUUGGCGGUCCACAAUCCGAGCCUGCUCCCAAGACGCGGCGGAGAGAGAAGCAGCGCAGGUGAAUGA